CAAUUCAGGACAGGCCCAUCGUCAAUUCAGACCGAUAAUAAGGCCCCCCCAAAAAGAAGGCAAUCUGUCAAACUCCUCCUCCGCCACCGUGAUAGGCGGCGCAGUUGAUCCCCGCCUGAGUUCGCCACCGUGUCUCCGGCCCAUCCCCUGUGACUCCUUGCUUUUUCCUUUGCGAUUUUUUUAUUUUUAUUUUCUUUGUUUCAGCAUCAAGCCAAAGCGAUCAAGCUCAGGGUUUGAUUGAUAGGCAAAUUAAGCAAAGAUUUUUCUUGCUUUUUGCUGAGGGAUCAUUAUUGUUCAGCUACAAUCGGGUAACUAUUGAUAUGUGUAUCUCUUAUAUGAUCAGAUUUGGACCGAAGAUUUUGUGCAACUUCAUGUUCGAUCAAUUUCCUGGCUGAGAACACUGCUAAACUUUGAUUAUAUUGUGUUGUUUUAAAAAUACAGUUCGUUACAGGUUCAAUGAUUUUAUCGAAUCAUCCGCUCAUGCGUUUUUUUCUUUGAUAAUAUUGCGGUUGUUUAUUAGCUCAUUUUUGUCUUUGUAGAAUUUUUCUUUUUUAAAUUUAAUUUUAUUUAUCAUUUUUCACAUGCUAAUCUUGCUUAACUUUUCUUUCUCAAUUAUCAAGAGGUCUUUGUGUAUAUGACCUGUGCUUAAUUAAUGUGCUGAUUGUAGCCCAAAAGGUGAAGGGAUCAUGGUGGGAUUCAAAAAUAGGUAUAUGGUCAUGGAGGUUUUUCUGGAUCCUAAUAGAGAUCUUGUGGUAGAUGAUCCCAUUAUAAUCACCCAAUUUAAUGUGUCAAAAGCAAUCAAAGAUAGCCUUCUUGAAAAUUUUGGGGAGUGUGGUCUAGCUUCAUCACUUGGAUCAUUACAAGUCAAGUAUGUGAAUCCCAUUACAAAACUUAGUAUCAUCAGAGCCUCAAGGGAGGAGUACCAAAAAGUUUGGUCUGCGAUAACCAUGGUCAGGAGUAUAGGAAAUUGCCCAGUCCUAUUCAACUUAUUGGAUCUUAGUGGAAGUAUCAAGGCCUGUAAAAAUGCAGCUUUGAAAUGUGAGGAAUUGAAAUUUGAACAGUACAAGCUUGUGGCAGGAGCGAGUCUCACAGCUGAAGUAAACCAGCAUAUGCAGAAUUGUCUUGAGAAGAUUAGAACUUUGGAACACUGAACACAUUCAUUGGCGGUGGUGUACGUGUUCAGUUUGCAAGAAGCUGCACCAAACAGACUCAUCAUAUAGGUGGAAUGGAUGGAGUUAACUUGACCUACCGUUGUCGGUUGUGCGCGAGAUAAGGUCGGCCCCCAUCCAUUCUAUUGUGGGGUGCUUUAUAUUUUUAUGGUAUGCUCGGUUUUAUUGUAAGGGGCCUUUCUCGAAAAUAGAUAUUUAUUAUAUUUUUCAACUAGAGUUUUAAUGCAUAUAAGAAUAUUGUAGAGAUUUGAUUCUCCCCCUCAUGAUAUAAGACACAUUGUCUAAUCAGGUAUAUCUUA